AUUCCGACUGCUUUUAAAUUGGAUUGACGGGACUGCUAGCCUGACGGCUAUUAGUGAAAAAGAUCGUAAUUUCACACUUCAAACUCUGUUUUUGAGCACUUGUAGAAUUUUUAGGUAAUACUGUAACGGCGGGGUUAUUUUUAUACGUGACGUGGACUCUGCCUUUAGCAACUACAACCGCUGAGGAACGUAAUCGGAAACUUUAAAUUGUUCACUGUUUUCUUGUGAAUGACGUUUAAGGCACUCCUCGUUAUGUGAAGAGGACAUUCAAAGUUCAGGAUUCACCCCGCCUCUCUCCCAGAGUCAUUUGAAAUAAGGAGUUUUUAUGAAGGUGUAAAUCUGGAAUGCCCGAGGGGAUGGAUCCUCUGGGUGCGCGCUCCCAGUUUGUAGACAUCCAGACACUUCCCACGUGGCAGCAGCUGAAAGAGGACGGCGAGUGCAUUCCCAAGGAUUUAAGCGACAGCCUGCUCAGCCAGCAGUCCUUUCCCUCACCAUUCCCCUUCAGGCCAGACAUCAACUGCAAAAUCGUCCUCUUCAAUGGCGACGUGGCCCUACUUAACUGCACCGCAGUCACCAACACCAGUAACGAACUACUCAAUGAUAAGAACCCUGUUUCGGACCGCAUCCAUCAGCUGGCAGGUCCGGAGCUGAAAUAUGAGCUACUCAAACUUAAUGGAUGUCGCACAGGAGAGGCGAAGCAUACUAAAGGCUUCAAUCUGGCAGCAAGGUUCAUCAUCCACACAGUGGGACCAAAGUACAAAGCCAAAUACAGAACAGCGGCAGAGAGCUCAUUGUACAGCUGUUACAGGAAUAUCCUUCAGCUAUCCACGGAACAGUCGAUGGCAUCUGUUGGCCUCAGCGUGGUGAGCACCGCCAAACGAGGAUACCCACUGGAAGACGCCACACACAUUGCUUUCAGAACAGUCCGCAGGUUUCUGGAGAAACAUGGAAGCAACAUAGAGGUGGUAGUGUUCGCUGUGUCUGACACAGAGGAGGCGGUGUACAGGAAAUUGCUGCCACUCUACUACCCUCGCUCAGAGGAGGAGGAGAGGUUGUGCUUGCCCCUCGUGCCGGCUGAUAUUGGCAACUCCGAGGGUGAGCCUGUCGUCCCUGAGAGGCAGAUACGCAUCACAGAGAAACCGGGAAGCUUGGAAGAUGAUCCUGCGGAGGACAAUCUGGAGUCAGAUCUGGGCCAGGUGGGCAAUCAUGCCUUUGCCCGCAUGGAGGGUGACGUGGACAAGCAGCGCAAACUGAUCCUGCAGGGUCACAUGUCAGAGGCAGCCAUGCAAAAGCAACACCAGAGAAACUACAACCGCUGGCUGUGUCGAGCCAGAGCAGAGGACCUGUCCGACAUUGCCGCACUGAAAGCAUUAUAUCAGACAGGUGUGGACAUGUGUGGCAGGACAGUGAUUGUUGUAGUGGGGAGAAACAUUCCAGUGACCCUCAUCGACCUUGAAAAGGCCUUGCUGUAUUUCAUCCACGUGAUGGACCACAUAGCUGUAAAGGAAUAUGUGAUGGUUUACUUUCACACACUGACAGGGGAACACAACCACCUGGACUCAGAAUUCCUCAAAAACCUCCACCUCAUUGUCGAUGCCAAGUUUAAGAACAAUUUAAAGGCCUUCUACUUUGUUCAUCCAACGUUUAGCUCAAAGGUUUCCACUUGGUUCUUCACCACCUUCAGCGUGUCAGGGAUAAAGGACAAGGUGCGUUACCUUGACAACUUGCAGCAGCUCUUCACCUGCAUCAGACCCGAGCAAAUUGACAUACCUCCUUUUGUGCUGGAGUAUGAUGCACAGGCAAACAGACGUUCCCAGUCUUCCGGUCUCUAACGAAGAACCAAUCAUAGUCUCGGACAAGGUGCAAGUCAUUUAAAAUCCUUUCAGUCGACAGCCAACUCCAUCUUCCUGAGGGACUGAUCUACGUAGUUAGUGGAGAGAAUUUACAUAUGUUUUACAGUCUGCUUGUUGGUAGUUCUCGUAUGGCUUCUUCUGCACAAGCCCAACAGAUGGUACAACGUUAAAAGCUGAUAUCAGGAAUCUCCACAAAGUGGCACUGAAUGUUUCCAUUUUAAAAUCUGCAAUCAAAAGCUUUAGACUGAUGCUAUUUGAUCUACUUCUGUUAGAAACAACUGUUCUCACUUAAAUCAAUUUUCUAGCAUGUUAAUUUUCAUUUCAAUGUCAAUCACCAUAAAUCACCAAUCAUCCCCAAACUUUCACUUUAUUCAGGCAUGUGUUUUGUCAGGUGACCUUUGAUGAAAUGUGAUGGGUUUUUUUUUCAACAAUUGUAAGGUUAGCUAAUGUCCUGCCAAUAAGUCAAAUUAUAACUAUUGUAACACUUUAACAUUGUUCUGCCAGAUGAGAGAUGUAAAGUUUGCUAACAUCUAUCUUAUCAAAUUGAUUGUGAACAGAAAAGUUAAAUUUCUACACUUUAAAUGUAAAGUAAUUGAAUUGUUAGUAAGAUUCGUAUUUGAAAACGUGGCUACUAUUUCCAGCUUUAGCGUUAUUUUGCCAGGCAAGAGUCGGGUUGAGUGGCACCUUCUGCAUCGAAGCAUCAGAUUCUUACAACAGAUUUGUGGCAGAUGUUCUUUUUUUUUUUUUUUUUUUUUUUUUGAAGCGAGGGGUUCUUGUUUUUAUUUAAGACGCGUCAAAAUUCUGUCAUCGCUAAUACAUUAAAUUCUAGUGGCUUGAGAGCUGCCUGAUUAUCUGGACCAUUUCCGGUCUCACUUCCAAUUCUAUUAACAUGCAGUCACUUUGCUUCUCACAUGAAAGGAAAUUCUCUCUGCAUUUCCAUUGAACUUGACAUUUUUAUUUCCUCACUUUUAGUGUUUUCCACAAGCUCUUUCUUUCAGAGUAGGCAUUGGCGAACGGCAUGUUUUUUUUCAUCGCAAAUCAAAAAUACAUAUACUUGAAUACAUUCCUUCGAUUGUUUUAAAGUCUGUCCAUGUGACAAUAAAUGUGCUAACACAUUUGCAAAUCACCAAGCUUUUUUCCUGGAUGUUCACAAAAAAAAAAAAAAAAAAAAAGUUUUCCUCAAAAAUGUGAAACUGUGAAUAAAAUAUUAUGGAAAUAUUGCUGGGGGUUUUUUUCAGUGAAAAAUUGAUUAUGAGCCAAAUUGUCUACUUGUAUCUU